AUGGACAGUGCUGCCGGCGAAACGACGUCAAAGUCGCUUAAGGUUGUUGUAGAGGAUAAGAAUAGACUCAAUCUCGUUGGUCGGUGCGCCGCACGCAGUCCAGCUGAGUCCUUUGCCCGCAACCCGCUCAUUACGGUGAGUCUUUGGGGGCGGCGGCGGUUGGACAAGAUCCAUCGCGGUUCAGAGCGUCAACCUCGCACGUAUAUGUAUGCACCUGGUGGUCAGCCAUGCAUGUGCGCCUUGAUGCGAUUGGGGCGGCCGUGUGUAAGCCACAUCCAGGGGAGACUGUCAUGCACGUCGGCCUGUGUUUUGCGCCAUGUCCGUCUCCGGCAGGUUCCGAGGCGGGCGCAAGAACGAGAGUUGCAAAAAUAA